ACCAAUCUCUGCUCACAUUGGAGACAACGACCAAACAAGAUGACUCCAACAAACACCAUUUCAUAGCACCGGAGGAGGAUGGAGGAUGGUUACUAUGGCUACAACCCUAAACAGACCAUCAGCGAACAGAUCCAGGGUCAAGCCAAAGUUCUGCAGGCCCUGAAAGCUACCAACCCUGACCUCGGGGGUCAACGCAGGUCACGCCACCUGACCUCCAGUGGAGGGUCCCUCAAAGGGGAUGCAGCCAGGCCAAGAAAAUGGAUCAUGCCACAGACGCCCGACCUGAGCUCCAAGCAGAACGACCUGAAGUUGGAAAGGCAACUGGUCCAGAGGCAAGAGUCUUACGCCAAAGAGCAGGCAUGGACCAAGAAACAGAUCGAGAAGCUGACCAAAGAAAGACUCAAGCUCGAGGAGGAGGAACAGAAGCUGGAGGAAGCAAGGAAAAGAUGGAACAUCCCGUCACCUCCUUUACAUCCGAUCCACACGCCCACCUCCUCGUCCUCGCGAGUUGACGAUCACGAAGAAACUCCUGAAGAGAUGCAGCAACGCAUUCUUGCAAACCUGAGAAAAAUGAGAAAUGACCUUGAGAGAGACAAGAGGGAGUUGGACACAGCUGUCUCACAGUCUUCCAAGCGUUCUUAUGAAACAACACAGGCGAUACAGUACUAUAUGAUCAGGGAUAUUCUUGUAGAUGUGGUGAAUGAAGUAGUGGAUAAGUGCAGCGACAGGGCAAAGUCAAAGAAGAAAAAUGAUAUCACGAGGUUGCUUCUAGCAGCAGCAGAGAAAGACUAUGAUUCAUCGCAGAAUUUCCAGAGCAAGGAGAGAGCCAUGCAACUCAUAUCAGAGGAGAUAUUCCUUCAGAUGACGGCUAAGAUGUGCCUGGAGACGGUGCAGGAAUGGGUCAGCACAGAGGACUAUGUGAAAUCUUCAAUUCAGAGACUCAUCAUCAACUCAGCGGAGACUAUCGCCACAAAUAAUCAAGCAGGCAGAAAGGACGAUGACCCUGCCUAUGACCUUAUCACAGCGACCUACUUCCACAUGUGCAAGGAGAGACGAAAGAAAAGGUCCACUGUUUGGAAGCAUACCCAAACUGUUCACUACGUAGACUCAGAGAAUGACAGUGUCAUGUCUGGGAUUACCGCUGACCAUGAUAGCACCAAGCUCAGCAUGGCCAGACUGGUUCCUGUCCAGCUCUGGACGGAGAAACGAUUCACACCUUCGCUCAAGAACUACAUCAAACGGGAGAAAGAACACUGGCAGCCUGAUCUCAUGACGAUUCAUCCAUUCAUCAUGAAUGUGACGAAAAGAGUGUCUGGUGUCUUAACGAUGGCAGUCUCCCCUACGCAGAGAAUGAUAGCUAUGGGUACCGUCAGAGGUGAUAUAUUUAUCUUUGAUCUUUGGUACGACUCCUCCAAUCCUGUCCGCUACAUAAAGAACGAGGGCGCCUCAUCAGAUGGAGUCAUGCAGAUCUCAUGGAGCCUCGACAGUAAUCGAAUCAUCAGUCUCAAUGAAUCGGGGUCUGUCUUCAUGUGGUCAUUACACCCUGGUGGCUCCAACACCAAAGACAGCAGGAGUCUUGAUUUUAAAGACUCUAACGAUGAGAUAGUGCCCUCGCAGUUGACCCUCCUUCUAGCCCUUGACCCUGAUGCAGAAGACUUCGACUUCCAAGAAGGUCCUCUAGCCCGCAGUGUAGCUCAGACAGAGUCCCAGACACCCAUAGUGACUGCCUUCCAUCCCUCACACACUCUCAUCGGAUCACAGAAUAGUCUCGUCGUGAGCUUUGAGAGUGGAGACAUUUACAAGUGCAAUAUAGAACAUCAGAUAACAGAGACUUCAGAAAGCUUUGAGAAUACAGAGAAUGUCAUGUUUCCUACAGUUCAAGGAGCAGGGGAUACGAUCGGUCAAGACAUCUCUGUGGAACUCUUCAGGGCACACAAGCAUGCCGUCAUCUACCUGGGCUACGUCGGUAACUAUGGCAACAUGAUUUCUGUGGAUGUUAAAGGUUAUAUCUUCAUCUGGAAAUACACCAGGAGGAAAAUCAGUCACUAUGGUUGGUUUGAACCGAUAGAGAAAUACUGGUUAGAAAUGGCAAAUGAGAUGUACUCGACAAUGAACAAUGAAACACCAGAGAUAUAUUUCAGUGAUGACUAUGCCCUUGAGAAGAAGAAGAUGAAGGGAAAGAACAAGGAUAGAAUGAUGAUUGAGCUGGAGGAGGACAGGAAAGAUGCAGAGAUUGAGUGGAGCAAUAUGAAGAUCAAUCAAGUUUGGUUCACAGACUUCAAUAAGAAACAGGACAGGGAGACUACUGUAUACAGACCAGACACUGUUGACGCAAAGGGGUCACCAUUCCACAUCAUCAUGAGGCAGAAGACUACAGGGCUACUGUUGAAACACUACAGUCAGCUCCACAAACCUGUACAGCAUUCUGCAAGUCGAUUUCUGGCAUGUCACCCAUCGGCUACGGGGAGAGAACUGGUUUUCAUGCUCCUGUUUUCACCCUUCCCUCCUAAAUCUGGUCGCAUCACCUUUGUCAUUGUAAAGCUUGAUGGCCGGCUUGAAGUAGUGGACAGGCGUAUUGAUGUCAUCCUGACCUCUGAGGAAUAUGAGCGAUGCUUCAAGGAUGAUGUCUGCUCAUUUCAGAUGAGCAACACCGUUGAUGCUAUUGGCUCAAGCUACAUCUACCUGACCCUCAUGGGGGCGCUAAUGGUCUUCUCGGUCAACACCGGCACCCUGGUCCUUUCCACCCGUAAGGGGGACACCCCUGCCCCUAUCCAGUGGACCCCCAGGUCCCCCACCAAACUCUAUUUCAACGCAUCCAUGGCUCUGUCCCAGACCCGAGGUGGCACAUAUGUAAUGCUGUAUGCUGAGAACCAGACUUCAGUUCAUGUCAUCAAAGUGACAGACAGAAACACAAAGGGAAAGAGAAUGGCUGUCAACAAAGCAUUCAAGUUGUGGAACAGCACUAGUCCAAGCCCUGGUCCAGGUCCUGCUCCCGAACAGACUAUCCGACGACAGGAAUGGGCCCUGAAACGGGAUCCAUUUGGUCAUGUGGCCCUCUACGUUCGUGGUCUCAUUCUGGGGCUGGUGGAUGAUGCAGUCCAGAAGGUAGAUGGAGAGUUCUCUGAGGAGGAUAGGAAGAUACACGCAGAGCAGGGCAGGAGGCUAGCUCAUCAGUACUUUGGGCUGAGAUUAAAGGGGCCUGGAGCUGCAGAAGAACAACCUACAGAGCAGAGGGAAGAGGGCAAGGGUGACUUGGACCAGAAUGAUCACAGGGUUCAGCCUCCAGUCCAAGGGGAUGAUCUCAGGGAUGAUGAAGCAGAGGAACAUCCUACCGUCUAGGAGCCCUCUGGCGGUUUGUGACCGAUGAGCAGUUCCUCAUGGAAUACUGUCUGAAUUCUUAUUUAUAACUUGAUUGAACAUACAUGAAUUUUUCGAGAGAUAUGUAAUGUAUUUGGGGCUUUGAUGUGAAAUAAGUCUAGAUUGUAAUGAACGGCAAGAUAACUAGGAAAAAUAAAAGCCAAGUGAAAUCUUGCAUGCUUGCUGCGCCUUUAGUACAAUGCACUCAUCCAUUGUACACUGCUCGUAUUGGUUGUGCAGCCGGGUCCAGACCUGCUGGCGCGCAGAAUUUGUAUGACAUUUCUACUGUAAAUUGGAGUAGUGAGCAUGUAAAACAACAUAUUGCUGUUUACGUUGUUUUGCAAGGUCUAGCUAGUUAUAGAAUCUACAAAUAAGUAGUAAGAAUUUUUAGUCAUUUCAUCUAACUGGUGAGAACAAAUUGCUCCUUCUAACACUCAAGGGCCGUGACAGGUGCCUCAGUGAUCGAGGCAUCCUCGUCGAAUAGAUCGUUUAUCUGGACAAAGUCCAUCGGACACAUCUCCUUUAUCUUGCCAUCUUGCUCAUCGAUGAUGGCUCGCCUGGUAGAUCGAGGCCCCCUGUCUUCUGCGUCUCUGCUCUUUAUUGGUGGAACUCCUUCUUGACCUUGACUUAGUGACCUGAAAUUCUACUCACAUGAUUGGGGAUACUUGAUAACCCUCUCUCUUUCCUUUCCUCUUCCUUUCUAUGAACCUUCCAUACCUCUUCCUCGUCUCUGCUCUAUAUUGGUGGAACUCCUUCUUGAUCUCAACUUAGUGACCUGAAAUUCUACUCGCAUGAUUGGGGAUACUUGGGGAUAAGCUUCUCUCUUUCCUUCCCUCUUCCUUUCUAUCAACCCUUUCCUACUUCUUUGUUGCUUUUCUUCUGUCUCCUCUCCUCUCCAUCUCGCCUUUUAAAAAAAUCUAAUCGAGGCCACAUUACACCUAUUGUAUUUUGUCUCUUUCCCGGUCAUGUUAUGCUGCCUUCUUUAAUGCCGAAUUAAUGACUCCUCCUCCUCAUUCUCAUAAUCGCACUUCUUACAUUUGUACGUCAGAUCUGAAUCAUGCCUGUCUUGCAUGUGUGCCUUAAUUAACUCCAGAAAAGUAUAAAGCUCCUCUCUGCACUUGCGGCAACGGUGCAUGUCAGGGCCCUGGUCUUCAACUCCUGCCAUUUCUUCCGUACAUCUUUCCACUCGCGCUGGCAUCCACCAGGAGCUCUCAGCAAAGCCUCGCACUCCUCCCAUGCCUUCUGCUUCCGUUCCUCCACCUGAGCCAUUCAAAAUAUAUUAAUAGACAAAUGAUUUGAUCAAUGUAACUAAAUCAUAUUCCAAAAAUUACCCAUUGACCAGAAACGAUUUAUUGGUUGGGGUGAUUAAGAAACCCUGACAUUUUCUCACAUUGAGACUCAGUCCCGUCAUGUUGAGGAACUCUACAGUUAGUUCUAGGUUGGCAGUCAUGUCUAAGUGGCUGGACGAGACGAGUGUUGUGUCAUCUGCAUAGGCCAGGCUGACGAAUGAGUGUCCCAUGAUCUCAACAUCUUUCCUUUUCUGCUCGAGCGUAGCUAGUAGCGGGUCGAGGGCCAAGUUGAAUAGUGUCGGCGAUAGAGAGUCCCCCUGCUUGACUCCACUUCGGAUUGUGAUGUGGUCAGUGGUGCCAUCAUCUGUUGUGAAAGACGUAUACCCCCCUUCGUAGAGGUCCAUUAUGAUGCUGAUGCGGUGUUCGUGUACUCGAUGCCUCCUCAGGGUCUUGAUGAUGAGAUCAUGGGAAACGGUGUCGAAAGCCCUGGCUAAGUCAAAAAGUACCACUGCAAGACAUUCUUUGUUUCUCUUGCUAUUCAUGAUAAGUUGCCGUAGGAUAAGCGUAUUAUCUUCAAUACUUGCUCUUUGAGUGAAGCCUCUCUGGCUUGGACAGACACUUACCGCCCGGUCCAGCCGCCUAGUCAAGAUCUUGGAAUAUAAUCUGCUGAUUACAUUGGCAAGUGUUAACGGACGAAAAUUGUUGAUGUCUGUGGGAUCUCCUUUUCCCUUGGGAAUUAGAAUCGAUCUAUAUGCCUCUGCAGGGACCUUCCCCAUAGCUAACCAUGUAUUAUACAUUAUUAACAAAUAUAGCUGGCAGUUUCCAUAGGCCUUUAGGGCAUCAUAGGUGACCUCGUCCGGUCCAGGUGCAAAUCCCUUCUUCGUGGUAGAGAUGGCCCUUUCUAUUUCAACCUUGCUGAUGGGGUCCACUAUCCCUUCCUUAUCCUCCAUAGUCUCGGGAUCGACAUAGGCUCCUAUGUCAAUUACCUCUUUAUUCUCUCUUGAGAACCUGUCCGUAUAGGUUCUUUGAAUCACUUCUCUUCAUCGUUCCCAUCAAGAAGUUUUUCAAAGAGUCUAUGGGGAUUCUUCUUGUACAGGGUUUGUGUUUCGGAGAAAACCCUCUUUUUCUCCUUGGCCUUGGCCUUUGCUUGGUUUUCCUCAAAUUUUAGAUCUUGUUGCUCUGUUCGCCAGCAGUUUGAGGAUAUGGAAUCCCACAGCACAUUACUCACAAGAGCUCUAACAAUCCAAGCUUAAACAAAACCUAUGAUAAGUAAUUGAGUGCCUGUACCACCCACCUGAUUGAUCUACGAACAAUUACACUAUU